ACUGAAGUAAAAGUGCUACUACUGUGAUAGUGCUACUGUUAACUGAUUUACAGAUCUAGAAUCUAGAUCUAGAUCUAUAUCUAGAUCUACUAGUCAGUACUUAGAGAUCUAUCCACUACUUCGCCUGCUGUACAAAGGUGUUUGCUGUUGUAGGUUGAAAUGAGUGAGACAAAUAACCUGUCUUCUAACUCUGUAGAGUUAAUAAAAGAUGAAACAAGAUUUAAUAAAGUUGUAGUCGAUGCUCAAAGUCAUCUUCUUGUUGUUCACUUUGCUGCAUCAUGGGCAGAGCAGUGUCAACAGAUGGGGGAAGUGAUCAAUGAACUUUCCAAGGACCCUCAAUUUUCACAUGUUACUUUUGUUACGGUUGAUGCUGAGAGUUUAGCUGAGGUUUCCUACAAAUAUGAAAUAGUAGCAGCACCUACAUUUAUUUUCUUGAAGGCUGGAAAGCAAGUUGACCGACUGGAUGGUGCCAAUGCAGCAGAGCUAACAGCAAAGGUUACUAAACAUUCUUUCACAACUGUUGGAGAUCUCAACCAGCCUUCAGCUAAGCAGGAUUUGAAUGAUAGACUAAAAAAGCUAAUUAAUUCUUCAUCUGUAAUGCUGUUUAUGAAAGGAUCACCUGCAGCUCCAAAAUGCGGAUUCAGCCGACAAAUAACACAAAUUUUGAAUGAGCAAGGAAUUAAAUUUUCAUCCUUUGAUAUUUUGGAAGAUGAUGAUGUGCGUCAAGGGCUCAAGACAUUUUCAAACUGGCCUACAUAUCCACAGCUGUAUAUCAAAGGGGAACUUAUUGGAGGGUUAGAUAUUGUUAAAGAGAUGGUAGAGUCUGGGGAACUGAAAGACUUAGUUCCUAAAGUGGAAGAUCUAAACUCAAGAUUGAAAAAGCUGGUUAACCAAUCCCCUGUCGUUUUGUUUAUGAAAGGAAAUCCAGCAGCGCCACGUUGUGGUUUCAGUAAAACAACCGUCUCCAUUCUUGAUGAAGUUGGGGUUCCAUACACCACUUUUGAUAUUUUAACAGAUGAAGAGGUUAGACAAGGUUUAAAAACCUUCUCCAACUGGCCCACAUACCCACAAUUGUAUGUAAAAGGGGAGUUAAUAGGUGGCCUUGACAUUAUAAAGGAAUUAAAAGAAUCAGGAGAACUGGAAAGCACUCUGAGAGGUUAAUGUCAUGACUGCUGUUAUGAUUCCACAAAUUCUGUGAAUGCCAGACAUUUAAAACAAACCCCAAUGUAUUCAGUGAUGUUUUGUUAAGCAGAUAAUAAUUUAAAAACAUUUUAAAAUUGUAUUUUUUGGUUAGCUCUCAAUAUUGCAUAAGCACUAAAUUAAAGCAGUUAAAAUCAUUUUUUUUUACUCAAAAAAUGAAAGAAAAACUGUGCUUUUUUUCCAGUCAAAAAUGUAAAUAGUAUUUACAAAUUUUUGCCCUAUAUUGAUCUUGAGAGUAUGCACAGUCUGUUUUUCAAUUUAAAAAAAGUAUCUGUGAAUAGCCUCAAUGAUUCAGACGAUUAUUUUCUUAAAUGUUGAUUAGUAUUAAUGCAGAUUAAUGUAACUAAAUUAAGAAAGCUGCUUAAAGGUCAGUCAAUGUCUUCACCUCAGUGGAACGUGACUUCCAUUUUGCAGUAAUAUAAAUAUUUUUAGAGCAUUUUCCUAGCAAGUGUGCAGAAGAUUGUGUUAGAUUUUAAGAAUGCUAGAUUUUAAGAAACACUAGUUUGGUAUGUUCUGUAUCGUUGCUACAUUUUUUGUAUGAAACUUUUUUUGAAUUAAAAUUGAG